AACUUUAAAACAGACAAAAACCGAGAAAGAGGAUGACUAAUGAAUGGCAGAGAAAGAAGAGUACACUUUGCACAGUGUAAUUUUCGCUUGAGGAACCUUACAAGGACUACACGUUUAGACGUUACUUCGGCGCGAUCAUCAGAUAGAUACUAAACAACGAGGAAAAUAUAUGGGCUUUGGAAAAUAGCAAGACAUGUUGAGGAAGAAACCCAGGAUCCCCAUCCACAGCCAAUACAAGGAGCUGACAUUGUCAGGAACUUCCUCCAUGGAGCAGUUAGGCUCUCGCCAGGUCGGCGAUGUAAAGGCUGUUCAUGAAGAAAACCCGUUCUGUGAGGACAUCCUUCUUAUUGGACAGGAGAAAUGUGUAGAAGAUUGGCCAGAAGGUAGUCCCGAGCUUAAUCCUUCCUGGAAACCACCUGGCAAAUUAAGACUACGGAGAGAAUUGUUACAGGUCGCUGUGGAGAUGGAAAAGGAAAGCAGAGAAGAUAUGGAUGAAAGUGGGCUUGCAAGGAGUGACAACCCGAAGAAAGGAACGAAGUUCAAGGUACCGUUAAUCCAGAGAAGAGGCUCUAAGAAAUUGGAUGAAUCCUUAAAAAACCCAGAGCUCCUUAAGGAGAAAGGAAGAGAAGGUGAUGUCCAGGAUGGGAUGGUAGAUAUCGACUGUCGCUCUUCCCUCUACCCAGUUCCUGUUACCUGCCAGUUUUCCCUGACAUUUUGUUUUUGUUCCUUCCAGCAACACAAGAAAGGAAAGAAAUUUAAGAUAAAAUUCUUGUCUCUCAGAGCAGCCAAGGAAACUCAUCAGGAAGUAACAAACCGUGAAAAUCUCUAUGCAACUUUCAGAGGCUUAAAGAGUACAACAGAGCUGAGGGACAUUCCUCCUGGAGUCGCUUCAGGCAAAUCCCCUCUCACAGGUGCAACAGAGCCAGGACAACAGUCCACUCCAUUUGACACAAUGCUGUCUGAUGGUCCAGAGGCCGAGGGGACAGAAGAUGGGAAAGCAGGGGACCCUGACGACGUUAACGAGGGGUGGAAGACAGUCAAACAAUGGAACGACAUGCCACUCGAAGAAAAAGAAUUACCUGAAAAAGAAGAAGCAGAAGCACUAGCGUUGCUGGCGGACAGGGUGCAAGGUGGGAUCCACGACUUCAAUAGGGUAUUCACUGAGCAUGCAGAAGGCCUUUGGCAGGACAUUGGCACACUUAAUGCCAUUGCUGAUGACAUCAGCAGCUUGCACAAGAGGGCCAAAGUCCCAAGUAUCAUAAUCCCAGUCAAUUUGGACACUUCUUUAAAAGUCCCUACAAUGGAGACGGGUGUGGCCAUGACGGGGUGCCCCUCUCCUGCCUCAGCCAGCAUCACUGAUAACUUCAGCAACUCUAUGUCGCGCAAGAAUCUGGAGAGUAUAAUGGAAGACUACAAGGCCAAGAUGGUUGACAUCAAUAAUCACUUGAGUUUUGUCAAGCUGGAGAUGGAGAAGUUGCAGGGUCAUGGUGAGCGAAGGAAGGAAUGGACCUACCAUUCAGACUGGGAAGUACGGCGAGCUCUCCAGAUUGCCAUGGUGGGGGGGGACCGAGUCGACCGAGCGGUCAGUGUAGUCCGCACCGUUUUGGGAGAACUUACAAGUUUUCUCCAGAGUAUGGACAGCUUCUACGUAGGCAAGGACACGCGUGAGCUGAAGAAAAGCCACAAGAGAGAGUUUGCCACCAAGAUCCAGGAGGUGGUUCAGCACUUGCAGGAGCAGCACACGGAGCUGAACAGCAUCCGGGAGGAGCUCCAGGAUGCGAUUGGCUACAUCUAAAUUUACUCUCUACAAUCAUCCUUUGGUUUUGGGUAAGAAAUUUGAUGUGUUGCAUUUUUAAGUUGAGAUAAAAAAACAUACCCAGACAGCCAUAUAUGCAUUGAAUGUAAUUGAGUAUCAUUCAUAUUUCAUCUGUAACGGGAGGAUGACAAUAGUUGGAGAUUUCUUUAUAACACUGGAAUAAAUUCCAUUCUGCUGACCACACAGUGAACCUGCCAACCUCCAGACUGCUACAAGAAGUGACCGAUACUUCUGGAAAUAAAAAAACAUCGCUCAUUUAGCCCUUUUAUUAUUCAUUCCAUUUUUGUAUUAACAAAUUUUAGUAAUUAAUCAAAAACGCCACAUUUUAUGUAUAGAAGCUGCUCCUUAGAAAUUGAAGCGUAAUACAGGUACGUGUCGCUUAACUUGCGGGUUAUGUUCUGUCCAAUAGGAUGUUAGGGGACCUGAACGAUAUACAAACACCAUGCGCACUGUAUGCAAACCUACAUGGUGAUACAGUAUACGGCAUCUGUAUUGUACGUGUACUGCCUAAAUAACGAGAGAGAGUCCAUAUGAGAGACAGUACAUGUUAAAAUUGUGAUAAAAAAUUCAUUAAAGUAAAUACAUAAAUGUGA